AUGGUGGCGACCACUGACUGCGAAAAGGCCAAACCUAUCGCUGGAAACAAGGUAUCCAAACCACUUAUGGAAAAAAAACGAAGAGCUCGCAUCAACAGGUGUUUGGACCAGUUAAAAUCUCUUCUGGAGAGCUACUACAGCAGUAAUAUUCGGAAGCGAAAAUUGGAGAAGGCAGACAUCUUGGAGCUUACUGUGAAACACUUAAGGAACCUCCAAAAGAUCCAGAGCUGCACUGCCGCUGCUUUAGACACUUCCGAUUAUCAAAGUGGUUUCCGCAGCUGCCUGGCAAAUGUCAAUCAAUAUUUUCUGAUGGCAGACAAAUUGAACGGGGGUAACCGCUGGAUGUUAUCGCAGGUCUCCAGUAAACUCUCCCGCUCUCAGGGAAGAGAGGGAGUGUUCAGCACCAUGGACAGCGGCCCGGGCCCAGCAGAGACACAGGAUGAAGCGCAGAGACUUCUUCCAUCGGCAGCUGGACCUGAGGAGAGAAAAACCACCAACUAUAAAGCCCUGAAACCCCUUAUUGCAAGCACGUGUCCCGUUUUACCGAGUGAAGACGCACGGGCGUCAUCUAGAACCGAACACACCGGCCUUGUUUCAGCGCCCACACACAAUACUUCAGAGAAAAGUUCCAAGAUGUCUCUCCCGGUCAUUCACAGGAAUGAAGUUUCAAACAGUCAGCACACUGUGUGGCGGCCUUGGUAG